CCCCCCCCCCCCCUCCUCUCUCCUUCCCCUUGCAUUCUCCCUUUUUCUCUUUCCUGGCUUCCUUUCUCUCCACGCCAACUUCUACCAAAUCUUCUUCCCGGAACCCCCCCAACGCACACACGCGCACACACACACGCACACUCUAAAGUAAGGGUCUCUCAUGGCAUCAGAGGAAGCAGCAUCUGAACCCCUCAAAUACAAGACUUGGGUGUUGAAAGUAUCAAUCCACUGCGAGGGAUGCAAGAAGAAGGUGAAGAAAGUCCUCCAAAGCAUUGAAGGUGUUUAUACCACGGAAGUUGAUGCCCUCCAACACAAGGUAACGGUAACCGGAGACGUCGACGCUGAAACGCUUAUCAGGAAACUGGUCAAGUCCAACAAGCACGCCGAGCUCUGGCCCGAGAAGAAACCCACCAACCCAAAUCCCGGCGGUAACACCAACAACAAGAACAAAAGCAGCAGCAAGAACCAGAAGCCGAGCAAAGACUCCUCUAAAUCCAAAGAUCCCGGUGAAAGCUCCGAUAACACGCCAUCCGCAUCCCCCUCCGGCGAUACCUCCGCCGCCGCCGCCACGGCCGCCAAACACUCCUCCGGCGAAAAGAAAAGCGUAGGCAAAGACGCCGGAGGCAGCAAAGCCGAGGAAGCCGCCGGCGACAAGCCCGAUGAGCCGUCGAAAGCCGACAGCGAAGCCCCCAAGAAUGCCACGAAGGUGCCGCCAGUAUCCGAGGAAAAGAACGCCGCCGCCGAGAGCUCCAAUUCACCUCCUGGCAAGGCUGCCGGCCCCGCCAAUGGCGGCGAGAAGGCCACCGGCGGCGGCAAAAAGAAGGGAAAGAAAGGGGAGAAAGAGAACAGCAAUGGUGAUAGUGAUGGAGGAGAAACUGUAGCUAAAGAGGCCGGUGGUAGCAAUUCAGAGUUCGGCGGCGUGAGCCGGACUCCGCCGCCGCAAAUGUACCAUUACUCGAUAUACCCUCCUCAGCCGGCGUACGUGAUGAGCUACAACACGGCGCAUCCGAGCACAAGCCAAGCCUACUACGCCGCCACCCCGAUGCCACCGGUGCCUCAGAACUACAUGUACUCGCCAUACCCUCCUCCGCCGGCGUUUUACUACGGUCAGUCGGAGCGGAGCUCAUCGAUGUCAUCGCCGCCGCCGCCGCCGCCGCCGGCGGGUUCCUAUGAUGACAUGUUCAGCGAUGAGAACCCCAAUUCCUGCAAUCUUAUGUGAGGGAAGGAAGCACCAGCAACCAUCUCUCGCUUUAGGUAAUGUAUACCUCCAAGCCUAUCUAUGGAUGUAUCCGUUGUGAAAUGUUAGGUUUAUACUUUUGUAUGAGUGGAGUAGUUGAUGUAGUCUUGUGACUCUUGUGUUGCAAAGCCUAUUAUUAGUUGUGAGUAUUAAUUUCAAUUGGCAAGUAGGCUAGGAUAAGUAAUAACUUGUUAAUGUUCAGGAGCUUUCCUUCAUCUUCUUGGCAAGUCUCCUCUUUAAGUUUUGUAAUUUUUCUUGUGAUAUGAGGCCUCUCUUCUCAUUGUGAUUGGUUGAUGGAGGUCAAAAGACCAUUGUCAUGUCAUGCUGAUUGGUUUGCUUGCAGGGUUUUUUUAUCUGUAAA